UAAAAAUUGUAAAAAAUCAAAUGAGAAAGUUAAUUUUAAGACGAAUACUAUUCUUUGCAAAAGAACUCAUAUAUACUUUCCCCAUAUAUACUUUCCCUCUCUUCCCUGCACAAUUUUUUAUGUUUAUUUCUAUUUCAAAUUCGGUUCAUCCUCAUCUUCAACCUGAAAAUUCCCUCCGUUUUUUUCCCAAUUAAAAAAAUGACAUCCUCCAUAUAUACUCCCUCGGUUCUUUUUGUUUUUCUGGCGAUUUUCAAUGGCCUCACAGCCGCCCAAAUAUGUUCUCAGACCGCCGGAAACUUCACGGCCAACGGCACCUACGCCGGGAACCGAGCUCGCCUGUUCUCCUCCUUCUCCUCCAACCUCUCCUCAACCUAUGGCUUCUUCAUGAACACCACAGUCGGCCACGGCGCCGACAAAAUUUACGGAUCUGCCCUUUGCAGGGCCGAUUCGACCCGCGAGACCUGCAACAAAUGCGUCAAUACUGGAAUCAAACAGCUCACAGACGGUUGCCCCAACCAAAUCGAAGCAAUCAAUUGGGCGUGGGAGAGCUCCUUCCCGUGCAUCGUUAGGUAUUCGAACCGUUCCUUUUUCGGGAAAUUGGAGCUUUCUCCCAGGCCGCCGAUACUGGUCAAUACCGGCGAAUUCGCAUCGGACGAGUUGGAACGAUUCGAAUCAGUCUGGAAAAAUCACACGACGACCUUAAUAGCCAAGGCUUCCGCGGGGACGAAGAUCAAGUAUGCUUCCGGAGAUGCGAAUUUGAAGAGUUUCGAGAAGAUUUACGCUACGGUUCAGUGCACUCCAGAUCUAUCCCGCUCCGAUUGCGAUUAUUGUUUGUCGCAGAUCGUGAGCGCGUUUUGGAACUGUUGCGGUAAGAACAAAGGAGGGUAUUAUCAUAAUCCGAACUGUAUAUUUCGUUGGGAUAUGUAUCCGUUUUAUAAUUCCUUCACCGAUUUCGCUCCGCCCCCGGCGAAUCCCCCAGCGACUCUGCUUUCUCCUCCGCCGGCCAAUACGACUGAUACCGGAAAUGGGAAGAUCAGUUCUCGGACUGUUCUGUUUAUCGCGGUACCUAUUGCAGUUGCUUUCUCGGCGGCCGUUGCUGUCGUCGUCAUUUUCCGGCGGAUGAAGCAAAGGUCCGAAUUCCGUAGCAGGUUGGUUGCGGAGGAAAGAAGCAAUAGCAGUCGCCGGGCAGAGUGCAUGCAGUUCAACCUCGCCGCCAUCAGAAUCGCAACCAACAACUUCUCCGAUCUCAACAAGCUCGGGGAAGGUGGAUUCGGCCCUGUUUACAAGGGUGUGCUCUCAGAUGGGGAGGUCAUAGCUGUCAAGAGAUUGUCCAAAAACUCGAAACAAGGAGAGAUUGAAUUCAAGAAUGAGGUGAUUUGUGUUGCAAGGCUACAGCAUAGGAAUUUGGUCAGACUCCUUGGCUUUUGUGUGCAAGGAAUUGAAAGGCUUCUCAUUUAUGAGUUCUUGCCCAAAUCAAGCCUCGACCACUUGGUAUUUGAUGCAAACAAGCGUGGAAUGUUGGACUGGGAGACACGCCGGAGCAUCAUUGCAGGAAUAGCCCGGGGGCUUCUUUACCUUCACGAAGAUUCCCAACUUCGGAUUGUUCACCGCGACCUCAAGGCCAGUAAUGUCCUCUUGGACGAGAAAAUGAAUCCGAAAAUCUCAGAUUUCGGAAUGGCAAAGUUGUUCGAAUCAGAGGAUCAAACAAGAGACACCACUAGCAGGAUCGUCGGCACCUAUGGGUACAUGGCACCGGAAUAUGCAAUCCACGGCCGAUUCUCGACCAAAUCUGACGUUUACAGCUUUGGUGUGUUGUUGCUCGAAAUAAUCACCGGUGAAACCAUUAGGAGAUUCCGUGGAGGGGCAGAUGAACAAGACCUUGUUAAUUAUGCAUGGUCAAUGUGGAGUAAAGGGACAGCGUUGGAACUCAUUGAUCCCACAAUGCCAGUCACUGGUUCAUCCAGCGACGUAACGAGGUGCAUCCAUGUUGCAUUGUUGUGUGUGCAAGAAAACGCGGAGAACAGACCGACCAUGGCUUCGGUUGUUCUCAUGCUCAGCAGCAGCUCUCUCGUCCUCUCGAGACCGGCAAGACCGGCUUACACCCUUCACUCCACGACCCGUCAACACACGUCAUCGUCUUCGUCGUCUUCUUCCCAUACCUCUCACUCUGCUUCUUCCAGAAGUAGUGGCCAUGGCCAGGAUGGUGACAAGAAGAGUUUUAGGAAUCAAGUUUCUAUAUCAGAGUUUGAACCCAGAUAGUUUGAUUUUCAAUCAUAAUAACUCUUCCCCAAAAUUUAAGCUUCAGUUUAGUCUUUUAGACUAUGUUUAUUAUUUGGGACAACUUGCUAAACUUUAUCAAACGGGAACCAUUAUGGAGUCGGGGCGAGCACGGCCCGGAUUGGGUCGAUUUUCAUAGGACCUGGCCCUAACCCGAUUUGUUUAAAGAAUAAAAAAGCCGAGACGGG